AUGCAGGCGCUUCUUUGCCUGGUGGCGAUGGGGUUGACGGUGGAGGCUGCGGCUGCAGGAGGAGCGAAGAUGGGAGGUCUCUCCAUCACACUCCGAGGAGGAGGACAGAGCGGACGGAUCCAAGGAGGAUGUCAUGAUCAUGCUGCGACGGAUCCGCACUGUCUCCGUUUGCAUUAUCAGUCGGAGUGGAAACGGGUGCUUAUGCAUUUCUCGCGUGACGGAGGAGAGAAAUGGACGCUAAAGGCUGCAUUGCCGCGGCGAAGCGACGAGGAAGAAGAGGAUCAUGAGAUGACUUUGAACAGCCAUGUCGGCCACAACUGGCGCUAUCUCACCGUGUCAAACGUCGUCACUCCUUUCUGUUUUGUGCUGCACAAUGGAGAAGGCGAAUGGGACUCAGGCCCUGAGCGAGAGAAAGGAAGAUAUUACAAAGUUGACGGACCGGGACACUUCUGCUUGAAAGAUGGCAUCUUGACGGAGGUGUAUCAUAAUCUCCCAGGUGUGUUGCUGGUGUGCGACCUUGAUGGAACCCUUGUUGGUGACGAGAAGGCGCUACAAGAGUUCAAUGAUGAAUGGGAACGGCAAUGUGUUCAUCGUAACUCGAUCCGUGCAAUCUACAAAAGCUUUGAUCGCAAAAGAGAGAGUCUUCACCAGAAAAUGCUGAAUCCCAGCGCGAUCAUUACUUCGGUCGGAACAGAGGAACAAAAUGCGUUCAAGGUAGUUUUUGGUGUCCAAACGGUACACAUAGAAGAGGUGAUAGCAGAACUCAAGAAAGCCGUUGAGGCUGGGGGCAAGAAAGCUCAGUUCAUUGCAAGCGGACAUGGUGACUGGAAUUAUUUGGACGUUGUGUGUGAGGGUGCUGGUAAGCUAGAAGCCACGGUCUACGUACGAAACAAGCUAGGAUAUUCAGCCGAGGAAACAGUACGUCGAGCAUUCUGCCGUGAAUCCGAUGGUAAUUAUGAUAUCAGGCUCUCCGGAGAAGAACGGGGAAUCAUUGUUGGCAACGCCCAGAACGGCCUCCUCGACUGGCUCGAGAAGCAAGACGCUGGUGAGCGACUGUACAAGGCCAAGGAAGGACAUGCGCGUGGAAUUCUCGAGGGGCUUCGAAAGAUGGGCUUCAUUCACAAGCGACCAGAACCUGCUUCUAGCUAG